AUGCUGUGCACCAAGAACGCAUUCAGUGUUGUAGUUCAGUUAUAUUUCAACAACAAACUCAUAGAAACAGAGAUCAGAUUUGUUGUUAUUAGGGGCAAGCUACUCCUUGGAUUCACAGGCCAGCCUCAUGAGAUGAUUAUUUCUUGGGUGGUAUUUUUCUUCUACAUCAUUGCCCUGAUUGGAAAUAUGGCCAUCAUCCUGCUAUCUUUUCUCGAUGACCAUCUCCAAACUCCCAAGUACUACUUCCUUAGAAGUUUGGCCACUUUGGAUCUCAGUUAUACCACAAACAUAGUCCCUCAAAUGUUGGUCAAUAUCUGGGGCAAAGACAAGAGAACUACCUUUGGUGGCUGUGCUUUCCAACUUUUCACUGAUAUGGUUCUCUGCUCAGUUGAAUGUAUCCUUCUGGCUGUGAUGUCUUAUGACAGGUUCAGUGCUGUCUGCAGGCCUCUGCACUAUAUGACUAUAAUGAACUCCCAACUUUGCCAGGGCCUUGUAGGCACUGCCUGGGUGGUUGGUGUUAUUAAUUGCAUGAUACUUUCCCCCUAUGCCAUGAGUCUUCCUCGAUGUGGAAAUCACCACCUGGAUCACUUCUUUUGUGAAAUGUCUGCAAUGAUCAAGAUUGCGUGUGUGGACACGACAGCUAUGGAGGUAACCACAUUUGCCAUGUGCCUGAUUAUCAUUUUUGCUCCUCUUCUUCUCAUUCUGGUUUCUUAUGGCUUCAUUGCUGUAGCUGUGCUCAAGAUCAAAUCUGCAAUGGGAAGGCAAAAAGCAUUUGGGACCUGUUCCUCCCAUCUCAUUGUGGUAUCCAUCUUCUACCGAAUUGUUAUCUAUAUGUACAUCCAGCCAGGAAACAGUCCAAAUCAAAAUGAGGGUAAACUUCUCAGUACCUGUCAUUCCACUGUUACUCUCAGCAUGAACCCACUGAUCUAUACGCUAAGGAAUAAGGAGUUCAAGGGGGCCAUAAAGAGACUGGGAAAUAGAAAGUUCUGUGGAAACAAUAAGACACUGAUUCUUCCUCCCAGAAAUUUCUAUUAUGGAAAUGUGUCCUUUACAACCUUUAUAUGUAGACAAUUUAUGUUGUGGAAAUAUAUAAAAAUUAUUAUCAAAUCUGAUGCAUUAGUGAAUAACUAA